CAGGCGUGGUGAGAGCGCAGGAGGGACUUCCCCAAGGGCCGGGCACCUCCGCCUGGACAUUUGCCAUGGCCACUGCACCGGAGGACUACGCUGCCGCGUGGCCUCCAGCGAUGGCGCUGCGCUAGGCAAGCGGGUGCCGGGAUCCUUCUCCGCGUCCUGUGCGCGGGAAGAGCGGGUGAGUGGAAGCAUCGGGCGAGCGCAGAGGAACCCACCCGGAGAAUAAGAGUUGCAUGCUGAAGUUGACUACUCAUGGCACACACUGUUGGAGAAUGCUCAUUGGCACUUAUUUUUUUGUUCAUGUGGCUGCGGAUUAAAGCAAAUAUAGAUGUGUGUAAGCUUGGCACCGUGACUGUCCAGCCUGCCCCUGUGAUUCCACUUGGGUCAACUGCCAAUAUUUCCUGCUCUUUGAAUCCCAAACAAGGCUGUUCACAUCAUCCUAAUUCUAACAAAUUAAUCCUCUUAAAGUUUGUCAAUGAUGUCCUUGUGGAAAAUCUCCAUGGCAAAAAAGUCCAUGACCACCCUGGCCACUCCUCCACUUUUCAAGUCACCAACCUGUCCCUUGGUAUGACCUUGUUCGUCUGCAAGCUAAACUGUAGCAACUUUCAAAAGACGCAACCAGUGCCAGUGUGUGGGGUGGAGAUCUCAGUUGGUGUUGCUCCAGAGCCACCUCAAAACAUAACAUGUGUCCAGGAAGGAGAACAUGGAACUGUGGCCUGCUCCUGGAACCCUGGAAAAGUCACUUAUCUGAAAACCUAUUACACUUUACAGUUAAGUGGACCAAAUAAUGUGACCUGUCAGAAACAAUGUUAUUCUGACAAUCAUCAGAAUUGUAAUCAUCUGGAUCUUGGGAUCAACCUAACCCCUGAUUUAGCUGAAUCCAGGUUCCUAGUCAGUGUUACUGCCGUCAAUGAUCUUGGAAAUUCUUCUUCGCUUCCACAUACAUUCACGUUCUUGGACAUAGUGCGCCCUCUUCCUCCAUGGGACAUCAGAAUCGACUUUCUAAAUGCUUCUGGGAGCAGAUGUACACUGCAGUGGGAAGAUGAGGGACAAGUGGUACUCAAUCGACUCAGAUACCAGCCUCUUAACAGCACGUCCUGGAAUAUGGUUAAUGCUACAAAUGCCAAAGGAAGAUAUGACCUGCAAGAUCUGAGACCAUUUACAGAAUAUGAAUUUCAAAUCUCCUCUAAGCUACAUCUCUCUGAAGGAAGUUGGAGUCCUUGGAGUGAGUCACUGAGAACACGAACUCCAGAGGAAGCACCUGUUGGAACAUUAGACAUCUGGUACUUGAAACAAGACAUCGACUAUGACAGACAGCAGAUCUCUCUUUUCUGGAAGAGUCUGAAUCCAUCAGAGGCAAGAGGGAAGAUCCUCCACUAUCAGGUGACCUUACAAGAGGUGACAAAGAAAAUGACACUACAGAAUACUACAAGACACACCUCCUGGACCGGGGUCAUCCCCAGAACUGGGACUUGGACUGCAUCCGUGUCUGCAGCCAACUCGAAAGGUGCUUCUGCACCCACUCGAAUUAACAUAGUAGACCUGUGUGGCACUGAGUUGCUGGCUCCUCAGCAGGUCUCUGCAAAGUCAGAGAACGUGGACAACAUUAUGGUGACCUGGCGGCCUCCACGGAAGGCUGCUUCUGCUGUUUGGGAGUACAUAGUGGAAUGGCGGGCUCUCCAGCCAGGGAGCAUCACGACGUUUCCCCCACACUGGCUACGGAUCCCACCCUACAACAUGUCUGCUCUGAUUUCAGAGGGCAUAAAGCCCUAUAUCUGUUAUGAAAUCUGGGUGCAUGCAUUAUCAGAUGACCAAGGAGGGUGCAGCUCCAUCCGGGGUGACUCCAGACACAAAGCACCACUGAGUGGCCCUCAUAUCACUGCCAUCACAGAGAAAAAGGAAAGCCUUGUUAUUUCCUGGACCCACAUUCCAUUCCUGGAGCAAAGGGGCUGCAUCCUCCAUUACAGAAUCUACUGGAAAGAACGAGACUCUCCAGCACAGCCUGAGCGCUGCGAAAUUCAGUACAGACACUCUCAAAAUUCACAUCCAAUAAGCAGCCUACAGCCCAGGGUGACAUAUGUCCUAUGGAUGACAGCUGUGACAACUGCUGGUGAAAGUCCCCAAGGAAAUGAAAGGGAAUUUUGCCCACAGGGCAAAGUCAACUGGAAAACAUUCGUCAUAUCAAGCAUUUGCAUCGCUAUCAUCAUAGUGGGCACUUUCUCAACUCGUUAUUUCCGGCAAAAGGCAUUUACUCUCCUUUCUACUCUCAAACCUCAAUGGUAUAGCAGAACCAUUCCAGAUCCAGCAAAUAGCACUUGGGUAAAGAAGUAUCCUAUUAUGGAGGAGAAGAUCCAGCUACCUAUGGAUAAUCUUCUGAUGGCCUUGCCUACCAUUGAAGAACCUGAGACCCUGAUCAUCAAUGAAGUCCUCUACCAAAUGAUCCCAGCAAUCAGACAACCCUAUUGCUUCAAAAAAGGACAAGAGUUCCAAGGUUACUCUACCUCCAAGGAAGACACAAUAUAUAUUGCUACCAAUCCACAAGCUACAGGAACUCUCACAGAUGAGACAAGGCAAUUAGUGAACCUAUAUAAGGUACUAGGAAGCAGGGACCCAGACUCAAAAUUGGGUAACCUGCCCAACCCCUUGACAGUCACCCCAGUGAACUACCUUCCUAGCCAUGAAGGCUAUUUACCCUCCAACAUAGUAGACCUAUCACCACAUGACACUGAUCCAACUGACUCUUUAGACCUGGCACAUCAACAUAUUUCUCUUUCUAUUUUUGCACCAAGUUCUCUCCACCCACUCACCUUCUGUGGUGAAAGGCUGACUCUAGACCGGUUAAAGAUGGGCUAUGACUCCCUCAUGAGUAAUGAAGCUUGAUACUAGAAAUCAAUGUACCCCAUAGCAGAAUUACUAUGGCAACAUAAUAUAUUUGCCUAGUUCCUACUCCAAUGGUCACCAUCUUUGGUAGUAUCAGGCCUGCCUAUAACUUCAGGACAGUGCAAACAAGCCAGCUGUCUCUGGAUUAAGUUAGCUUCACCAGAGGGACUUGGAAGACUUAUGGGUAAGAAGAAAGUAAGGCACCAACAUUGAUAAACAUCAAUAUAGAAGGGGCCCCAAUACAGAAGGGGCUCAUCAUCUGUCACUCAUACACUCUCUCACACACACACACACCAGGUGUUUCAUCUUUAGCAUCUGUCAAUAUUUACACACACACACCAGGUGUUUCAUCUUUAGCAUCUGUCAAUCACUAUCAGUUUGAUGGGAGUAUUGUCCCUGUGCUCUUACUCCACCUAAUUCAUCUGUUAGAGCAUGUGCUGUCUUCAACACCAGCUAUCUAUCUCGGGUCUAAAACAUCAGUCUACAAGAACCCACACUUUGCUAUUGUUUCUUCAUAACUAUGGACUCAGCAUGGUCUCCUAUACCUCUGGCAAAGUCCAGUGCCACCUGAAAGGUCCAAGACAAUUUUUCUUAAAAUAUCAACCCUAUCUCUACCACAUCCUUAUCAGUUAACACUACGUUUGUAUUUUCAUUUAACAAAGUAUCUAUUGCAAGCCUGUACUUUCUUUUCUAACCUAACAAAUUAGCAUUGUGUCCAUACAACCCAGUCCUAUACUGUUCUUAAGAGAUUCUUUCCCUCAAAGCCCUAGGUGAUAUUUACUUUCUCUGAUCAAGAUUUCUCCAACUCAUCAGAAGACCUAUGAAAGAAUGAAAGCCUCUUCCAUCCUCUCCCUCCUAAGAUUCUCUUACAGUGCCUGGAGGGUUACCUGUCACUCUGCUCAACUGGCUUCCUUCCUACCCCCUUACUCUAGCACAAGCUUUCACAAGUACUGAAAAUUAACCCAUGUUGGUGGAAGUUUACUUUUAAUGUACAUUAGGAAUGUAUCACUUUGCCUGAUAUAUCUCUCAAUGAAUGUCAGGACCAUUCCAAGUAAUUUCUGUGAAUUCUUGCAAAACAUCGUCCUCUGAUUCCCAGGUAAAUCUCCAAAUAAAGUUUCAAGUCUUUCA